AUGGGCCAAGAAACCCCGAUGACACUCACCCGCGCCGAGUCCACUCUCGUGGCCAUGUACGAAGUGAACCUCGAGGUCAAGGAGCGUGUCCUCAUGGUCACCAAGUGGGCGGCGCGCCAAGUGGUGCUCACGGGUCAAACCCUCGAGGUCAUGGACGGCGAGAAGCUCAAGUUUGCGUGCAACACGACCUACUGCACGGUGCGGCUGCUCGAGCCGCUUGAUGCAAGUCGCUUCUUCCCGUUUCAGCUCGUCGAGAACGGCAAGGUCAAGGUGACGCUUAACGCGCCCACGUCAUCGGCGCGUGACGACUUUUUGUCGCACUUGGAAAAGUCGGUCGUCUCGGGCACGUGGGCGGUCGAGACCAAGGACACGUGGGACUCCUUUCUCUCGGUCGCUGCCGCCAUCAACGAGAAGAAGGCGCUCGAAGGCAAGUUCAGGGUCAAGCCCUCCAACGUCUCGAUCCAACAAGUCACGGAGCACAUGCUCGACAUGAAGGAAGUGUACGACGUCGUCGCCGGCCUCCCGGAUGUCGACAGUCUCUACGAGCUCUUCUUGAGCCUCGAGCGCGACUACGGCAACGGCGCCUUGGGCAGCUUUGCGCACACUGUGCAUUUGCUGCAUCCCGUUUUGUACAGCAAGGGCCUCAAGGCCGGAAGCCCGCUCGUUGACACUCUCACGCGCUGCCCUCAUGUAUCGUGCGGCGCGGCGCUGCCCUUGCCCACGGUGUACCUCAUGCACAUCCGGAGCCAAGCCAUCAACUGUCCGUCGUGCGGCCGGGGCGUCCUCUACGAGACGUUCAACCUCGCGGCGUUCGUGGCCAAGCACCCGUUGUUCACGGUCCACUCCACGCUGCAAAAUGUCGCAAACAAGUUCGUCGUGGCCGUGCCAAACGUGCCCGAUGAUGGCUCGUGGACGACGUUCCUACGGCGCCUGCGGCGCAAAAUCGCUGCCGGUGCCUCGAUGAUAAGUCGCGAGGGCGUCUCGAUCAUGCGGCUCACGAUCCAAGCGGCGGUCAAGGCGUACCGUCAGAACGUUCUCGGGCGCUUCCACCUCGACUUGGUCCAAGGCAUGUUCCGGCAGCUCGAUUUUGUCAACAAGAUGUGCCCGCAUUUCGAGUACUGGACGCAUCCCGAUGUGAUCACUGCUUUAUGCACCUCAUGA